AUUAACAACACACUGAUUGACCACCUUCUCUAUAUAAAGCAUUCGCUCUUCACUUGACAUACCUUUGUAUGUUUUUUCCACGUGAUAAACAACACUCUUGCCCUCUUUCCCAUUAAAUGUCUUAUUGUUGAUUGGCCCUUAUCGAGUUUUCAUCACACCCCUUUGGAUCAGUCGCUUGUUGCACCUUCCCAUAUCUAAUUGUCGUUAAUUACAAGUUAAAAUUAUUGAUAAACAAAAUACAUUUUUUAUUAUAAGUGAUACUUAAAAGGUUUCAUAAUGGUGUUACGAAUGCGGAAAUACGUUUUUCCCAGACGUUUUCCCGAAAUUGUUUAUUUCCUAAUAAUUUUAAUUUUUCCCGCAAUAGUGGGAAUGUAUGAUAUUCUCAUCGUAUUGCCCAAUGUCCACGCUCACGGAGAGUUUAUGUAUAAUUUUAUAUUUAUUUUAGCCAUAUUUAUAUAUGCUAACAUACAUGGAAACAUGUUUGCUGUAAUGAUGGUGGAUACAAGUAUUAAAGCUAUAGAUUUAAAUAGCAAGGCUACUACACAUGAUUAUCGCUCAAGGGGUUUCCAUUUUUGUCGGAAAUGUCUAAGUGUGAAACCACCGAGAUCUUUUCAUUGCCAAGUUUGCAAUAAAUGUAUCCUGAAGUAUAGUCAUCACUGUGUUUUUACGGGCUGCUGCAUCGGUCACUAUAAUGUGCGUCACUACUUCAUAUUUCUUGUGUAUCUUUUUAUUGGAUCAGUAUUAUCACUUGGUUAUCUCAGUUACUUUAUGUUCUGGGUGUGUGCAGAGACCUUCCGUCACAGAUUAAUUUUUUUUAAAUUCCUUAAUCCCUUUUGGUAUACGACCCAUAAAAAUUUAUGGAAUUAUAUAACGGUACUGUUUUUUGAUAUGAAUGUAGUGGCGCUGGUUAUAACAUCAAUUUUAUUGAUCCACUAUGGUGUGCCAAUAUUUAAAGCAUCCACUGCUUUUGAAAGACGUGUGAAUUAUCCUUUUAGGAAAGGAUUAACUGCCAAUUUACGUUCCGUUUUUGGCAAACGAUAUAUUUUAGUAUGGUUUUCGGCUUUUUUGGAUAGCGAUUUAACACUUGAUGGGGCCAAUUGGGAUGUAGAAGAAGAAGCCGUGCCAUUACAAAGGCAGUCCAGACAGAGAUAUAGAAAGCAUCGUAGGCGACGUGGAAGAUAUACAUGACGUUAUCAUUAGUGUCGAUUUUUGUAGAUACGUUAUUAGUAAAAAUUGUUACUGAAUAAAAUCUUACUGCCUCAAGUUUUAA